AUGAAGUUCACUCUCGCUUUCAGUGUCAUCACUCUUUUGGCCUCGACCGCUGUGACCGCCAUUCCCGUACCUAACACCGAGGCAGCACCAGCACCCACUACCGACAUGGCAGCUGCUCCCACCACCGCUGUUGCUUCAGCUCCUGCGCCAGCUACUUCAGAAGACUGUGAAGAUACCAUGUCGGCCUCCCCUGUGCCCGCCGAAGAGUGCGGUGAGAGUUGUGCAACUACCCCCGCUGAGGAUUGCGGUGAGGAGUGUGCCUCUGCACCUGCCCCUACCACCGAUAUGGCUGCUGCGCCCACUUCCGCAUCUCCUUCAUCACCCGACACCGGAAGCUCUGGCGGUGACUCUGGGGAGACUGGUGGUACCCCAGCCCCGGCACCUGAAGCUCCCGCAGCUCCUUCUACUCCUUCAACUCCAGAGGCCCCUUCCACACCUUCUACACCAGAAACUCCGUCUUCUCCAGAGACCCCAUCGGGCUGUACUGGCGAAGGGUGCGAGUCACCUUCGACCCCCUCCACUCCUUCGGGUCCUUCUGGAGGAUGUACCGGCGAAGGAUGCGAGACCCCUGAUUCCCCCUGUGACGAAUUUGGAAACGCCAUCGGCGGAGGUGGUCACAAAUCAAGUGGUUCCGGAGGAUCCUCCCCUGUUGGAGGUGGUUCCAUGCCUAGCAGUGAUGGAAGCUCCCCUGGAGGCCACAGUGGAGGUGGCGAAGACUGCGAUGAGUAUGGUAACCCCAUUGGUGGUGGAAGUAAGCCCAGCGGUGGGGAUAGCAGUUCCGGAAGCACUCCUGCUCCUGGUGAAGGAUCCACUCCAGACGGUAGUUCUGGGUCAGACAACUAA